AUGAGUGACAACACCACAGUAGUGGCAUACAUGAACUGUCAAGGCGGUACUGAGUCUCUGCAGCUAUGCCAACUAGCAGUGCAGAUUCACGAAUGCGCAGUUCUCAACUUGGUAAUGUUGACAGCUCGGUUCAUUCCAGAAAAACAGAACAUUGUGGUGGACAAUCUGAGCAGGAGGACACAGAUUGUUGGCUCUGAAUGGUCUUUGGCUCCUCAGAUAGUGAACAAAGUCUGGACUUUGUGGGGUUCCCCGACAAUAGACCUGUUCGUUACCUCUCUAAAUUGGAAGCUGCCGAUUUACUGCUUUCCAGUUCCAGAUCCGGCGGCAGCGUUCAGCGUUUGA